AUGAAGGGCCAAGUUUUCACCCCUGGCAAAUCUCCUGCCGCUGCAGGCAACACCUCCUCAAAUUCCUCGGCCGCAUAUCAGCAGGGCCACCGGCGCUCCAAUUCUAGGCACAACACCCACCACCGCGAAUCGCCAACGUCUGGUUCCCUGACCGGUGUGGGAUCUGCGCAAUUGGUGGACUUGGUUGCAAAAUCGUGCGGCAAAACUGUUGUCGCCACCGUUUCCUCCGGCGCCCGCUACAAGGGGCUUUUGCUGUCAGUGGACAUUCCUCCUUCGGGCAACGGAAUGUCUGUUUCUCUCGUGGGCCCGCGGUUGGUGACACGGGCAUUGCUUGAUGAGAAGAGCAACAGCGACAGCGACUUGCCGGAAACGCUUCUUAUCCAGGCCAAGGACUUGAUUGAUGUCGAGAUCGUCCUUUCUCGACACGGAGACGACCAGGCGAAGAAUGGCGGCGACCAAAAUAAGACCGCCAGUGGCGAGAAAAAGUCAAAGCAGACCCCGCCGCCAGUGGCUGAGCCCGCUGUUCCUACUCCUCAAUCACGCUUUAAGACUGACAGUGACAUUUCCUCGGGAUUCCAUUUCCGUGAGAGAGAAUUGCAGAAAUGGGUUCCAGAUGACAACUCAAAGGCCCUCUCCUUGGAAGACGACUCGGCUCCCUGGGACCAGUUCAAAGUCAACGAAGAGAAGUUUGGUGUCGAGUCCUCCUACGACGAGCACUUGUACACCACCAAGAUCGACACUCUGGCCCACGACUAUGCGCAGCGUUUAGAGCGGGCAGAAAAAUUGGCUCGCGAGAUUGAGGGCAAUGCCAGUGGCGAUCGUCAUGUUUUGGAAGAGCGUGGUCUUGCCGUUGAUGAUUCUGGGUUGGAUGAAGAAGACAAGUACUCUGGAGUGCACAACGCAGUAGACACUAGAGGACAGGAGCUUAUGGCUGCGCUCCGCAUUGGAAACGGCCUGAAGCCGCAAUUGCCACCCUCUCAUGAACAACCCAUUGUCACUCACGCCGCCAAGGACGCGCCAGCAAAGCAAACAAAGCCAGAAGAAAAACCAGCACCGGAAAAACCAGCGCAGACAGGAAAGCCUGUGCAUUCAGAAGCUGGGUCUUCGAGCGAAACGUCCAAAUCGUCGGAAAACGGCGGAUUCCGCUCGGCUCAAAGUGAGUUCAAUGCGUUGCGUGAAUUCAGUGCCAACUUCAAGGUGCCGCACAAGUUGCCCAACGAUCUUCUCCCCAUCUUAGCGAAAGACAAGGAGAAACAGGAAGAGAUCUUGAAGCAGCAGAAGGCCAAGGAAAAGAAGGACUUGAAGCCGUUCAAGCUCAAUCCAAAGGCAGCCUCGUUCACGCCUAACAAAGCGACGUCGCCCGUUCCUCCAAAGGCUAGCUUCAAGUCUCCAGGCACUGCUUCCCCACGCAUGAACACACUGCGGCCCUACGGCCCCGGUUCGUCAGGCUCGGCUACUACCAAGCGCCACCACCAGAUCAGCGCAGCAGACUUUUUCGGCGGAGCUGAUAAAGUGCCUACUGCCGAGGGUCAAAAGGAGAAGAUCUCCCGCAUGCGCCAAUCGUUCCUGUUGUUCACGCACGCCAAACAGCAAGCUCAAAAGACAGAAGAGAAUGCCGGCAAGGAGACUGUCAAGGGCCCUGUGUUGCAGAAGCCGUUCUACACCCCGCCUACAUGGGACUCCACGGUGGACGAAACGUACGAGGAACUUCUUGCCUCGCAGACGCUGAAGAGCAACCGUGCUCCGAUGAUGGCGCCUGUGCCAGGCAUGCCGUACCUUGGCAAUCCGCUCAUGAUGCCUGCUGGUGGACCACAGUUGGCCGCAGGCGGCUUCCCGGGCCCUGCGGUGGCAUCCAAAUACCCGGUGUCGCCUCAGAUGCAGAGCCCUGCCACCAUGGCCGCUCAGUUUCAGCAGCAGCAGCAAUUGCAGGCGAUGCUCUAUCAGCAGUUCCAAGGUGGUGGGCCUCCGGGCCAGCCACACCUUAUGUAUGCGCCGCCCGACUCUCAGUUUAUACCUCCAGGGUUCAUGAUUCCUGGAUUUGCUAAUCCAGGCAGCCCCGUCAACGCUGCUGCGGGCUUUACACCAGGACAUAACAACUACAACGGGCAUCCGCACCAUAAUAGGCGCUACAAUGGGCAAGGGAAGCGUGGCAAUCACCAUUCGUGA